AUGCAUACUCAGAAGCUCCUCCCUCUUUGUGGCCUCCUACUUGCCAGUAACAUUGCCAUCGCAUCCAAAUUGGAUCACGACGAUUUCCCCCUCGGUGCCGCUGAGAUCCAAUGCAUUUGCGAUUGGGACGCUGCCAAAACUCAGAUCCCGCUCUGCUCCGCCUGUAUCACCCAGUACCAAAGUGACAGGCGCAACAACAACAUCACCGAUGGAGACCGUGGUGACUAUGACGAUGACAGCGAUGAUGACGACGAUGAUAACGAGGCCCUGGACCUUGUCUACUCUUGCUCGCUCACCACGACUACCUACAACUCUGCCGCUGCCACUACUGUGACUGGCACAUCUACUAGCACUGCUACUUCAAACACCGCCACUACCACAAACUCUUCUAGCACCAGCGGGACCAGCAGCCAGGGCUCGACGGGCUCGACUUCGUCCGGCUCGGGAUCCUCUGAUUCUGCCGGUAAUUCAGCGGGCGCUGCGUCCUCUGCCACUUCUACCCCUGAUGCAGCAGCUGGUAUUUCAGCUCCCGGUGCUGCAUCCAUGGCAGGUGUCAUGGGACUGAUGGCUUUGGCUUGGCUGUGA